CGUGUAUAGGUGUAUGAAGUGUACGUGUGUGUCGAGACCGAGUGAAAUUGCAGACUUUGCCUUAUGUUUCUCCUUUGCUCACCUGCAUGGUGCAUGCCAACAAGUACAGAGUUAUCUCUAUUUCCUGGAAACGGAAAAUGGCACAGUUGUUGACAGGAUGUAACUAAUGCAGGCAAUCGACAGUUCUGCUGUUAGGAAAAAUAAUAUCUACCCCUACAUCGGCUUUUAGAUAGUUAAAGAAAAAUACCUUUAUCUUCAUCGGUUUUAGCUAUAGAUCUUUAUCGGUUUUGGAGAGUUCGAGAAGAAUAUACCUUUAAUUAUAACUAUAUACUCUUCGCCGGAUUUUGGAUAGUUAAAAUGAGUAUGCAGUUGUUACAUUUUCUUGGGUCAAUAUCAACAGUAUAGUUAGGCUAUGACCAUAGCUCACUACAAUUUCUUAAUCAUUUGUUGCCUUCCGUGUCUGACUGGUGAUAAUAAUAUUUUAUGACACUCUUCAGUGCUCUUGCCACAAUUUCCUAAGUGAGACAAAGCUGAAGAUUUUGGUUGGUUCAGGUAAAUCUUAUGAAAUGGUACUUUUCUAUAAAUGUAACUCUGAUUUGUACAUGUGUGGGUGUGUGUAUGCAUGCAUGUCUUUACAGCUAACAUCAGUGAAAGCUCUGCCAGCAAGUUGACCCAAACAGAGAUAGCCCUCCUCAUUGUUGCUGUCAUUGGAAUCACUAUUCUUUUCUUAAUAAUCAUGUUUUGCUUCUGCAGAGAGCACAUCAUUAGAAUCUGUCCUUCUCUUUUCAAGAAAAAUAUCCACAAGAGUAGAACAGGGCAGCAUUUUGUAGAUAGAUUUGGUGAUACAAAGAUAAAGUUUGCUACAUGCAGCUUAUCAGAGUUGCGAGCAAGCAAGUCUCUUCCAGAUUCUCAAGAGAGCACUGCACACAAUGGAGGUUGUCAAACUGUCUCUGUCGACAUUCCUGUCUUUGAAGAGAAGCUCAGUGCCAUGCUGAAAGACAAACAGAAACCAGAGAAUAAUAGUAAUAAUGUUGUGCCCAAGAAAACCACAUUGACCAAAAAGGCAACCAGCCCCACACAGCAGGCACCUGCUUCUAUAUCAGAAGAAAAAGCUAAUGCAGUGAUGUUGGAAAACCCAGCAAGUAUCUCACCCAGCUAUUUUAAGCUGCAUCCACAAGACAAGACUUCAGUUGCACGAGCCAGCACUUCAACUCCACAUGAGGUUUCUGUAGUGACCUUACGGUAUGACAACCCUGCUUUUCCUUCAGCUGAUAAAAGCUAUUUCAACCUGCAGCCUUCAUCUCCCAGCAUCAUGAAGAAUAUGCUGAACAUGAUUGACUCUGAUGAUGGGAUGUCACAGACUAAUGUGUAGAUGAUCAGACAUCACAGGGCAAUGUGUAGAUGAUUUGAUGUAAGGGUAAUGUGCUGAUGAAAACAGCUUUGGUCAUGAAACAAAAGGUCAUAAAUGCAUGUCUGUUACUGCCUGUACUAUAGAGAAGCUCUGCUUGUACCUAGAAUUCUGCCUGAAGCUCAUCUUUUCCACCAGCUCAUUCUUUGAGUAGGGGAAAUGGAUAACCUAAUGGCAGGGCAAUGGUACCUGAACCCAAACCACACACACCACCUGGUUUCAUACCCAUGUGAAGCAGCGUAGUUCUCCAAGGUGACCCAGCUCUUGACUCUAUAGAGCAGUGUUUCUCAAAGUAUUUCGGACCGUAGACCACUUUACUUAAGUAAAACAUAUGGCGGACCACCAAGGCCUAAAAUCACUCUGUACUAUGAAUUUCAAAUUUAAAUUGCCGCAUUUGUAUCAUUACA